AUGGAAAUCCCCGCAUGUCCGACACAAAUCCUCAAGCAAUUUCGAGAAGAUCACCCUGAGAUCAGCUACAUUCGUUUCCAAUGGCAGGACUAUUCGGGUGUACUUCGGGCCCGCGUACUCAUUCUUGAGUCCGUUAUCGCUCAAGUUGCCGAAGGAACGCCUAUUCAGGCCGCUGGAAUCGCGCUCGGCUGUACUGUCAGCAAUCAUAUCCUUCCCCAUGAUCCCCCAAGAGGCAUGUACUGGGCAGUUCCAGACUGGUCAUCCCUUCGGUCAGCUUCUCAUCCCGGAACUGCGAUUGUGAUGUGCGCUUUGAACCUCACAAAACUAGAACGCCCAAUCAGUAGUGAUCUCUGUCCCCGGCAGGCGCUAGCAAGGGUGCUGCGAGAGGCACGCCAGACGUGGGAAUUAGAUUUCCUCGUAGGUUUCGAAGUGGAGUUUAUUGUGAUGAAAUCGGACCCAUCUUCAAAUGCAAUGGUUCGAUGCAGUGGCGGCUUAGGACACUUUGCCGUCUCAGGUCUACGGGAUCCGUGUUUCCAAUAUGUGGAACAGUGCGUGACUCGACUACGCGCCCAAGGUGUGGUAGUCCAAGCGGUGCAUACAGAAGGCUUUCGGGGACAAUAUGAGAUCGUCCUAGGGCCCCUCCAACCAAUACAAGCGGUCGAUCAAUUGAUACUUGUGCACGAUUACCUCAAAGACACAUUCUCCCGCCAUGGCUAUGAGGUUACUAUGUCUCCUAAACCUGUAUCUUUUGAGUCGCAGUCAAAUGGCCAACAUAUGCAUCUCUCACUACAACCUGCCAGUUCCACCCUUGAAGCUUCAUUCCUCGCGGGCAUCCUAAAGCGUCUUCCUAGUCUCUGGAGCUUCUGCUUGCCGCUAGAAGUCUCUUACGAACGGCGCAAACCGUGCAUGGCUGGAGACACAGUCGGCUGGGGAACACAAUCACGAGCUGUCCCUAUUCGAAAGGUGGAAUCUAGCCACUGGGAACUUCGAUGCAUCGAUGUCACUGCCAAUAUGUACUCCACACUGGCAGCAAUCCUGGGUGCCGGGCUUCUAGGGUUGGCAGGCAAGGAGCCAUUGACUUGGCCGGAUCUGGGUAUUCCAGCAAAUCAAGCUUCAUUUUGUGGCGAGGCCCUACCACAAAGCCUCAAUGAUUCUUUGGAAAUCUUGGAUGCGGAUGAUGGCCUUCUAUCUUCCAUGAUCGGUCGGCCCAUGAUAGACCACUAUAUUAAUAUCAAGCGCUAUGAGAUCCGUCAGAUGAAAGAGAUGGACCCGCAGGCAAUCAGAGAACUUCUUAUUGAGCUAUUUUAG